UAUGAAUUAGCAAUUAUGCCAUUUGAUCGGAACAUCAACCCUGCAAGUGAUGUACAUGGCUGAUAUUGAGAGAACCAGUGAAGAGGGCUGUCAGUCGUGAGUCAUAUUCCAGGCCUACAAUAAAUAUCUACAUCAUCAAACAAUUGUCCAGCCUCAAUUCAUCCACAACACAUUUUCUUCUCAGAAGACAGCCAAAUAUUACUCUAAGCAAUCCAUCCACGCAAUUUACAAUGUCCUCAACGACCAUCCUCUUCCGCGCCGAGACCAACGCCGUCGAGCGUCGUUCCGCGCUAUCACCCACAACCGCCAAAACCCUCCUCGACGACGGCUACAACAUCCUAGUUGAGCGCAGCUCGACCCGGUGCUAUCGCGACGAGGAAUUCGAAGCCAUCGGCGCUACUCUCGUCUCGACUGGAACAUGGGAAGAAGCUCCGAAGGAGUAUAUUAUAUUGGGGUUGAAGGAGUUGUCUGGUUAUUGUGAACCCCGCUACCACACACAUAUUCACUUCGGCCACUGCUACAAAGCCCAACCAGGCUGGAUAGACUACAUCACUUGGUUCAAUCCCGGUGGCGGUCUCCUGUACGACAUCGAGUAUCUCACCGAUGAGAGUAACCGUCGGGUUGCUGCGUUUGGGUAUCAUGCUGGAUAUGCGGGAGCGGCUGUUGCGCUGAUGACUUCUGGCAGUGGUGAUACAUUGGGGGCUAUUCCGGUCUUUGAGUCAGCGAGGCAUGUUGUUGAUGCUGUGAGGGGGAGCGUGGCGUCUGCCUCGCAGCAGCAGGAGCAGCACAAGCCGCGAGUCCUAAUAAUCGGCGCGCGCUGCCGCUGCGGGACUAGAGCUAUUAAUUUUUGCCAGCAAGCUAGUCUCCCCGAGUCACGUAUCAUCCAGUGGGAUAUCGCAGAGACUUCAGCUCGAGGUGACGGAUCGUACCCCGAAAUCAACGACGCAGACAUCUUCAUCAGUUGCAUCUAUCUCCCCGCGGGAACGCGGAUCCCUCCGUUCGUGUCUAGGGAGUCCCUCUCCGUCCCUGGGCGGAAGUUGAGUGUGAUUUGUGACGUGAGCUGUGAUUCGACGAGCGAGUGGAAUCCGAUCCCUGUGUAUGACCGGUAUACUUCCUUCGAUGAACCUACUGUUCCAGUGGACUUGGGUGAGGAGGAUAAUGGACCAGCGCUGAGUGUGAUUAGUAUUAAUCAUUUACCGACGCUGGUGGCUAGGGAGGCUAGUGAGGAUUUUGCAGGACAGUUGUUGCCGACUCUUAGGACGUUGGAUCGAAGGCAGGAAGAGGGGUUGUGGAUGAGGGCUGAGAAGGUGUUUCACGAGAAGGCGAAGGAGGCGAUGGAUGCUAGUUGGAGGGCAAGGUGGUUGCCCUAG